GUUUACAGAUGACGUCGGACGACCCCAAGGUGGUGGCCUAUGAGGUCGAGUCACUCCGAAAACUCGCAUUCUUCGGAAUUGCGAUCUCAACAGUGGCAACUCUGACGGCCAUCAUCGCAGUGCCCAUGCUGUACAAUUAUAUGCAGCAUGUGCAGUCGUCCCUUCAAACUGAGGUCGACUUCUGCCGGCACCGCACAGAUGGCCUCUGGGAUGAGUAUGGCCGAUUCGAGCACUUGAAGGGAGUGAACGGACGUAUUAAGCGAUCAGUUGUUCACCGUGGAAAUGGCGUCACAGGUCGUGCCACACACCGACGAGCUGUCGCCCAUGGUGCUUCCAGCUAUGAUGGCGGCUACGGCGCCAGCGGUUAUGACAGCGGUGUGACAGGAGGAACGACCGGCGGUCAAACCUGCUGCUCAUGCGGAAUUGGACCCGCAGGACCUCCAGGACCUCCUGGUCCAGAUGGACAACCCGGCGCAGACGGAGCUCCAGGUAUGGAUGGCGCUCCUGGUAACGAUGCCGCACCAGAUGCUAUUCCUACUGCUGCCGACUUCUGCUUCGAUUGCCCACCAGCACCAGCUGGACCACCCGGCAAACCUGGACCUCCUGGCCCAGCCGGAGCUCCUGGACCCGCCGGAACCGACGGCGGAGCUGCUCAACCUGGCCCACCAGGACCACCUGGACCACCCGGACCACCCGGACCAGAUGGACCACCAGGACCCGCCGGACAACCUGGAGCCCCUGGACAAAUCACCGAAGUUCCCGGACCAGCAGGACCCCCUGGACCACCCGGACCCCCAGGACCACCUGGACCACCUGGAGCUCCCGGACCCAGCGGCACCUCUGUACAAGGACCCCCAGGACCCCCAGGAGACCCAGGACCAGAUGGACCUCCAGGACCACCCGGAGCACCUGGACCAGCUGGACCACCAGGAGCCGCUGGAGCUGGCGGAAGCUGCGACCACUGCCCACCUCCCCGUACUGCUCCCGGUUAUUAAACAAAGAACGGAUAUGCUCAUUACUGCCAUCGUUGGUCUGGCUUGCCGGACAAUGUAUAGUAUUAAAUAGCGGGCGUAAAUCAUACAAAAACACAUCACGAUGUUUUAGAAUUUGGGUAGUUUGGCCUUCAUUAGAUCCUGUCCAGCAGCCGUGCAAAAGUGUGCGAGUCGUCGGGAUCGAUCUCUUUCGUAAAUUUUUGGGCAAAACAAACAUUCGAAUAUCGUGUUCACAUUGUGCUUCUCAUACCGUACAUCACAUCAUUUGAGAGAUAGAGACGUAAACCGUUCAACAUCGACUUGCUUGAAUGUUUAUUGAAUCUAUUGAAUAAAAUUUUGCAAAC